AUGACACUAAUUGGACCUGUGACAUUCCACAAUGUCUGUUUUAACGAAGAUAGUGAUGAUUCUGUUAAUGAUCCCAAUUCUGAACUAGAAGAGCCAGAACGUAAGACUGAAAGACAACUUAAAAAAUGUACAUUAACUAAUGUAGAGAAAAGUGUAACUACUACGCAGCAUGAGUCGAGAGUAAUCGAUGAAACAGGAACGAAAAAGGAAAAGAAGAUAAUAAAACAGAAAAGUGAAUGGAAGAAAAAUGUUGUGAAAAUAUUAAGAAACAGUGGAAAAGCAUACCGAUCCUCAAAAUCCAGUAAAAUUUUUCUGGAACACUCUUUAAAGUCACCAUGCAAAGAUACCUGCACAUUCAAAUGUCAAUUAGACAUAGGUAUUAACCAACAAAAAAAUGAAGCAUAUAAGAGACUCCAGCAGCGCAGAACGAGAUCAACUCUCGAAGAUUAUGAAAAUCUUAGAAGGGAAGAAAAGAGAAUGUUCAGAAGAAAAAAGAAAGAACAAUACGAACACGCUCUAAACGAAAUUGUUAACUACCACAAUGGAAAAGACAUACGAAAAUUCUACCAACAGAUAAAUAGCUGCAGAAAAGACUUCAAACCCAGAAUAAUAAUCUCCAUGCAUAUUUUGAGCUCAGUACAUUCUUUGACUUUGUCUCUCAGUCGAGUACUUCAGUCCGAAAACCAGGAUCUUGGCGAGGCUAUCGAACUGGCUGAUGCUGCGAAACAAGUCCUGCUUGAAAGAAGAGAAAACGCCGAAAAGGACUUCAGAGGAAUUUUCAAAACCGUGAGCGAAAUCAGCGCAAAAUACGACAUCGAACUGCGGAAACCAAGGCUCGCGUCAAAACAGACUCAACGCUCCAACGUACAAACUGAUUCAGUUCAAGAUUAUUUUCGCAUAACGAUUUACAUCCCAUACAUUGAUUUGUUUCUGACCCAUAUACAAGAUCGAUUUUUGAAUCACCGCAAAAUUUUAUCAAACUUUGCUUGCCUCUUCCCCAACAAAAUGAAGAAUUUCAAUGAAGAAUCCUGCGCUCAACUGUUUGAACCAUACUCUUCAAUUUUGCGGGAUGAUUCCCGUGACAUCUGGGUAGACGAAGUCAAACUUUGGCGUCAACGCAUCGCCGGAAAGAACGUUAAAAAUUCGCUUGAAGCACUCGAUGUGUGCAAUGGAGAUGCGUUUCCAAAUGUACAUCAAAUGCUUCGCAUUUUGGCAGUUCUGCCUGUAACGACAGCAACGAAUGAACGCUCCUUUUCAACAUUGCGUCGCCUCAAGACUUACCUCAGGUCAACAAUGUCUGAAGAUCGGCUGAACGGAUUAGCUUCGCUCAAUAUACAUCGCGAUGUCGAGGUCGAUCCGCAAAGAGUUUUGGAGAAGUUUUUUUCUACACCUCGCAGAGUUAAUUUAUUAAAUAAUAACUGA